GACGACGCCAGUGCUCCUGAAACGGACCACGCCGGGUGCGUGCGCGCUCUCACGGAGCACGCAGCGGCACUGAGGGAGGCGGAGGCGGCAAAGAAGGCGGCAGAGAAGGCGCUCGAGGCCAAGGGGCGGCGCGAGCAGCGCGAGCGGGAGGAGGCGGUGGCGGCGCGAGAGCGCGAGCAGGCUGCGCGCCGGCGCGAAGCAGAGCGAGAGGCGCGCGAGGCGCGCCGGGCGGCGGAUGGGGCGGCGCUCGAGGAGCAGAGGCGAGCGAUUGCGGCGGAGGCGGAGGCGAAGCUGGCUGCUGA